AUGAGAGGCUGGGGAGCCGAGGCCAACACGGUCGACAGGUCGGAAUUCGAUCCUCACCAACGUCGCGUCUCCCAGCCACACCAGCACCAGUAUCAGAAUCAGAACCAGUACCCUCAUGCACCUCACAAUCCGCAGCCCUUUGACCAUCCAACUCGUCAUUCGUUGCCGCUGAAUCCAGAUUCCAACUCGGACUUGAAACGAGAGGGAUUCCAAAGACACGUCUCUGGAUCUUCUUCCUCUGGAUUCUCGGGAGGACCAGGUCCAGGGCUAGGAUCUGCACCGGGAAUGUCAGGCUAUCAAGGAGUUGGCGGUGGUAGCGAUAUGCGUGGAAGUGGAGACCGACAAUCGGGUGGAUGGGGAAGCGGAGGACGGGGUUCCUUCUACGGCUCUCAACCGGGUCGAGGGCAUGGUCGGGCUGGAGGAAGAGGGGGAGGGAGACAGUUCAGCGAUUCCAGGAAAGGUUAUGCGGGAGAAGGGAGGCCGAGGAGCGAGAUGGCGGGGGUGUUACACGCUGUCGAGCUCGGAAGGCAAGGCAGUCAGCGCGGCGGUGGGGGAGGUUGGGGAGAGGGCGAGAUUGUGGACGAAGCUGUCUCUACCUCUGGAUCUGCCAGAGGAUCUACAGGUGACAGGGGGAAAGGAGAGGAGUACGUCGAACCGACCAUGUCGACCGCGCUGGAAAAGCCUAUCACUUCUUUGCAAAACCAAUCCGAGGACUCCCAGGGUUCGGAGAGGUCCGACCAGGAACAAGAAGACGGAAGGACACCUCGAAAUGGACACAUCAACCUACCUACUAAAACGGAGAACCCAGACGACCUUUGGCGAACCGAUACUCUGAUCGGGAACGCGUCAGAAUCCCCACAACCCCCUUCAUCCAUCUCACAACCACCACAAUCCUGGUCGAACGCUUCUCCUCUCGCUCGCAACCCUUACAACUCCCGAUCUCGUCAGCCUUACCACGGGAACGGAGCGCACAGGAGGGGAGAAGAAUACAAGGCGGUUAUCAGGAGCAAGAUAGAGAAUUUGGAGGAUGAAGAGAAACCCGCUUUCGUCAAGGCGAAAGAGAAGGUGCAGGGGGACGCUGGGUUAGGAGCUGGAGCUGGAGCUGGACCUGCAGCGGCAAGAGAGGCCAAGGCGGAAACGAAGAAACGCGAUGAAGAUGGUGAGGUCGCUGCAGGAGAAGAGAAGAAGAUCGAGGAAUCAGCCGGAAUAUGGGGUGUCCUAGGACCGGCUGACGAACAGUCCGGGAGAGGUCCGAUGGAAUCCAAUUCCAAGCUAUUCGGACCGGCUAGCCUCGCCGCGCAGAGCCUCGAGACGGAACACCCUGGGCAUUUGCAGCUGGGACACGGGGUUCCACCUUCGCAGCAUAGGUUACAAGGCGACGUCGCGAGGAGGAUAUCGGAUUCUGGAUGGGGAAGCAGGGCGAGAGGUCCGAAAAGAGUUGGAUCGGGCAGAGGCGGGAGAAGGGGAAGUAAGGGCGAAGUCCGGGAAAGUGGGUUGGGGGAAGGACCGCAAGCUUCUCCAGCUCAACAAAAAGAAAAUAUCGGACAGUCUGUUCAGCCAGAGGAGGAUACACCUCGACAGACCGAUACAUUGCUAGACGGGGAGGACGCCAACGCGUCAAUCGCCGUCGAGCCGACCGAGAGGAUCGACGACACUCCACCGUCCUCCAGCCCUGCCGAGUUGAAUCAGUCACAGCAAGCACCUGGACCAGGGUUCUCCGCUCAUACUCGACUGUUGACCAUGGCUGUCAACGAACUUCGACCUGCUGUCCAGGAAGUAAGCGCACAACAGUUGAAACGAGUCGGGCAUAAGCAAGAUCGGGCGGAUUAUGUUGCUGAUUGGAAACGAUCUCAAGCGAACGAGCCGACGGCGGACUCUAAGGAUUGGGAAGAGAAGAGCAUCGCGAGCGAGGCUCCUAGCCGGGCUCCUUCGAGAAAAGGAAGAGGAGCGACCAAGGCUCCCCCUGUAUCUGAUCAGAACGGUAUCCCAGUCGUCGUCGCUUUGCCGCGACCCGGUCAGAGGAGGCUCGUUGAAAGCGGGAGGAAACUCGCGCGAGAUGACGAAACGAAAGUCACGAAACAGCAAGCGGAAGGAUCCGUCGCGAGCGGCAUGUCUGGGUACGAAGCGCAGCCAGAUGAGGACUCGGCGACGAUCAUCAGAGGGACUAGCUUCGAUGGGAUCUGGGAUACGGUCCCGAUUGAUGAGGAAGAUGCUUCGAGCGCGAAGAACAUGGAUGCGAAUGAGACGGGAUCGACGCGCUCGGCACGCAGCGAAAAGAAGAUCGUCGUGCGCUUGCCCACACCAAAGAGUUCGCCAUUGCCUAGUCUGGCGGGCAGCGAUCAUGUGCCAUCUCCUUUGAUCAAGAUGGCCGUAUUGGCGGAGAGUCAACAGCAGCAGCAGCAGCAACAGGUCGAGGACGCGUCAUCCGAUCCUGGUAAUCUGCAGAUCCAGGAGGGUAAUAACACCCAGAAUUUGGAAGACAGUAUACUUGGAUUGCAUUCUCUUGCAACUGCUGCCGUGACCCCACCGGAGGACUUGAAGCCAAGCGAUACGGUGAAGAUUCCGGCAGAUGUGCUCGAGAGCUUCGACGCCCCUCUAGGUGUACAUGCUAGAGUUAGAUCAGGAGAAAGUCAAACGAUCUAUUCGGGAAGACCCAGUACCUAUCCAUCUUCCGAAGUCCAUCAAGUCGCCGGUACAACGGCCAACCCGGUCCACCGGUCCAGAUCAAGUCUGGGAUCUCUACCGCUGGAAAAAGUUAUCAUCCCGUUAGACGAUCUCAGCGACGUGGAGAGCGAGUCGCAGGAGACAGUCGAUGCCUCUGUCAGAAAGGAGACAGUUCCAUUGCCAGUGGUCUCGCCAGUACCUCCUUACAACUAUUCGCACGUCUCUCCUCCAAUUCCCUAUUUCACGAGACAACCUGGUAUCCGGUCGGCAGUUAUACCCGAAAGACGUCUACCUGAAAUGUCUCCAGAGGUGUCUCGCCGCUCACCUCUCACAUAUCCGAACGAGAUGUCGCUGCAGCAACCGAACGGAACAUCCCGCUAUCACAGCCGCGCUCACCCUGCACCAACCAAGUGGGAGCUCAAGAUCGAGAGCAUGUUGCACAGCGUAUCGGCCAGGCAAAAUCAGAACGAUCAUACGAACCAGGAAAUUCGAUCACUUCGUCAAGAAGUCACCGCCUUGCAACAACACUUGCAGGAGGCACGACACCGUGUCUACGCCGCACAAAGCGCGGUAGCAGAAAAGCAGUCGCACGUCGAGCAGUUGAGCACGAGAAUCGGGGAGAACGCCAGAACGGCGCAGAUGUACGAAGGAUCGCUGGCAGCAAGAAAUGCGGAUCUGGCCUACUGUCGUGGUAGAAUCGAGCAUUUGGAGAGCAUCUUGCUGGCAAAUCAAAAGUUUAUCGCCGAUUUACAAACCAAGGUAGCAGAGAUGUCUCAGCCAAAGAAGGGCGACAAGACAUCAGAAGAGUCUCGCAUUCGCGGUAAUCUCGAUCGGAUCCUCGAACAGCAGCGACAGACUCUCGACCAUGGAAAGAAAUUCGAGCAGAAUCUGAGCGUUACCAUGCAAAAGCUGCAAGAGUCGCUCGAUUCUGCAAAAGAGACGGGAUCGGACCAAGUUCGCCAAUUCGAGAGUCAGGCGGCCAGUCUCAAAGAACGCGGGUUACAGCUGGACGUCAGGGAGGCGAACUUCCAGCUUACGCAAGUCGAGAGCGAAAGGGACUACUACAAGCGCCUCGCCAAGGACCUGCAUGAUCAGCUCAAAGAAAGCAAUUCCAAGCCUCGGACCGUCUUCGACAUCGAUCCUGAUCGUCCAGGAUUCAUUGAGACGACUUACAACUCUGACUUUGCCGCGUCUUCGCUCGAUCGCUUGAUCGGACCGUCUCGUUUUGGAAUGCCCAACACGCCACCCAAAUCUACCCUCGAUCUACGAGAGCUGCGAUGAAACAGAACGACAAGAGAGAAGAGACGUUGAGAAUCGGAACAUGUAUAACGCGGCUAUUCCUCUUCAGCCAUACACUCGUUUGACUCGGUUUUGUACCAGAGAGCAUAUCGUCGAACAUUAAUCAAGCGGCUUCGUGCGCACUACAUUCACAAGUCGAUGUCUAGCUGUAAAAAUCUCAGCAUCGGCGAUACAUAACAUUAAUUACACGGAUCCAGGGCACUAGCAUUGUUGUGGUUCGUGUCAAUCAGUACUGGGUCGGAGGAUGUGUCAUGAGCGGGCCGGCGGGU